CAGCCAAAGAGGGAUGGUUAAAAAGGACAGCAACAGUGUCGUAAAAGACCUUAUAAAUUUGGAGGACUUACUUAACAGAACUGUCAGUUUCAGGAGGACAUGAAUAAGCUUCGUGGUGAGCUGAGUGAGAAGGAGCGGGAGCUGCUGAUGAUCCGCAGGGCCAGUGGAGCCAAAGCCUCACAGCUGGCUCAGAUGGAGAAGAUGCUGCAGGAGACCAAAAGCAUGAUGGAUAGAAAGACUGAGAUGGGGACAGAAAAAAACACUUCUGAGGACAACAUGGUGUCUGAGCUGGAGGAGAAGGUGCAGCGCAGUAAGCGAGAGCGGCGUAACUCUCUACACCGCACACAGCUGCUGGAAAGUCAAAUGAAGACAGUGCGUGGUGAGCUGGUGGACACGCUGGACCACUUGCAGACACUCAGAGAUGUCCUGCGGCGCUCACAGCAGAAAGCAGAAGAGCGGCAAGCAGCCAUGGAGAAACUGAAUACCAAGCUCAGGUGAGGCCCUGACCGGCAAACCUGACCUCCAUGAUAAAAAGUGACAUGGAGUGAGAGGAAAGUGAUAUCCUACUGAUCAGGCUCUUCUAUCAGUUUAAAGCAAUGCUCAUGUCUUACCUCUCAGUUUCCAAGAGGGUUUUUUUUGUUUGUUUGUUUGUUUGUAUGCUGGAUCCAAUUUAUGAUUUUAAAACUUGACAUGAAUGACUUCUGUGUGUUAAGAGUUUUUGAAAUACUUUAUCAAUUGUGUGUAUUGAAAAGUAGAAUUGUGUUUUAGACUGGAAAUGUUUGAUAUCAUUUGGCAACUGUGAUUUGGCUUUUGCUGUGAAGAAAGUAAAGUUUUUCAACACACACAUUAUUGGAGCACGUUGACAAGCUUUUUAGACACAAUUUAUUCACCAUUAGCAGUGUAUUUCCUUUUGACAGUGUGGGAGAAGUUUUGGUUGCGUUCUCAAUAACUUAUAUGAUAUUUAAGGAGCUGCUGAUAUGAAAAAUGUCACCAAUACAAUACCAGUUUUAUGCAGCUAAAAUUUAAUAUAAUACGUGCUAAUAAUAUCAGAAAAUAUACUUUUAUACCGUCAAAAAUAAAGCAGACUCAAGUAGCUUUCAUUACGCCAAGCUUUUACUAACAUGAAUGUCAAACAACAGCAUGUGCAACAAUGCAGCUGAACCAGUUCAACCACUGAAAAUAUUCCACUGAACCCUGACCAACAUAAUAGGCAGUCAGUACGUUUACAUGGACAACAAUAAUUCAAUGAUUAACAUAAUACUCUGAUUAAGAAACUACUAUGCAAACAGGAAUUUUUUACUACCGUAAUCCGAUUAAAGUCAUACUUGAAGUAAACACAAAUGGAAUUAAGUUAUGUGGAGUAUUCCUCUUUUAGUCGCAUUAUUGAAGUGCAUUACAGACAUGUACACACCUUAAUCACACUAUUAACGUCGUGUGGGAGUUUUCACUGCAUUUUGUGACAGGACACGUACACACACGACAGUGCUCAACCGUUUAACAGCAAACGAGAGAGCACGGCUGCGUCAGAAACCGCGUACUUACCUGAUAUAUAGUAGGCGAGAUACAUGUAUUUCAGCUACUAUAUAGUAGGUAUGUAUGCGGUUUGAGACGCAGCCCGUGGCUUCAAGCAGUCGUCUAUUUGCACAUAUAACAUGACGAAUAAUUAACCGCACUUAAGCUUUCGUAAAAUAAAAACACCCAAAACUGUACACGGUACCAUAACGAAGACAAACUGUAUGUCGAUACGUGAAAUUCUGGAGGGAACGUCGGACGGCGUGACGUGGGAACGUAAUGACGUGUGUCACUAAUUAAUUUAUGUUCUUUAACAUGUAAAACGGGAACAUUAAAGGAAUAUUCUAAAAGCAACUAAUGUAAACACCUUAAUCACAAUAUCGUCUUAUUCAGAAUAAAGUCAAUAAUUAGAUUAUUGCUGUCCAUGUAAAGUGUUGUGAUGUGAAUGACCAUGCAAUGUUGAAUGACCAUACAGUAAAGCAUCAUGAUGGGUGUGCGCACAGAAGCAGCUCAGCUUGUGACAGAGCUAUUUCCAGUGUAUUUAUGUCAAGUGUCUUAAAACUGUAAAAAAUAAUAAUAAUUAAAUAAAUAAAUAAAAUUAAUAAUAAUAAUAAUAAUAAUAAUAAUAAUAAUAAUAAACACUUUUUAAUGACACAACUAGGUAUGUGUGAAUAUAAAUAUUUAAUAUAGCAACAAUUGUCUGACCUUUUUUCAGAUUACAAUACUAUUACAAUAUUGUACUAGUACAGCAGGUAGUGUUUACAGUUCCCGGUUUGGUCCUGAGCUCAGAUUACCAUCUAUGCAGAGUUUUGUAUGUUCCCUUUUUUUUUUUUUUUUUUUUUGGGCAGAGUUCUUUAGUUUCCUCCCACCUCCCAAAAACAUCCGAAGGUUUGGCUAUACUAAAUAUCCCCUAGGUGUGAAUGAGUGUGUCAAUGUGUGUACAUGGUGCCCUGUGAUAGACUGGGGUCCCAUCCAGGAUGUAGUCACCCCUGGUGUGCCAGGGACCUGUGUCCGCCACAACCUGACCUGAAUAAAGCGGUUACUGAAGAUGAAUUAAUCAAUUAAUGAAUUUCACUAUGAUUUUUAAAACCAACAAAAAAAAACAAACAAAAACGUAUUAAAGCAAAAGCAUUUCUCCAUCUGUAUAUAAUUCUGGAAUUGCCCUCUGCAUGUGCAGUGCUCCUUUUUUUUUUUCCUUCAAUUUGCUCAAAAUAUUGACCCAAAUUUAACAGAAAGCUAAUGAUGAUGAUUUGAAAUAUUCAUCAUAACAGUGUUAUUGGCACAUUUCUAGCUACUCCAUAUAAGCCUCACCUUCAACUGUAUCACCUUCUUCCUAAUCACUGAUCAUUUGAAUUUUCACUCAUAACAUAUAUUAAUUGUUUACUUUUUCUUUUUCAUUUUUAUUUUGUUUCAAUGCUAUUUUCUGAAUUAUGGCCUUGUUUAAAUAAAGACUUUUGAGUCAUCUGCUGCUCA